CUCUAUAGAGCUGCUGUGUUGCAUGCGUUCCCACACUGACCUAUAGUAUGUGCAGUGUCCUCAUGUUGUUACUGUAUGUGCUGUGGGGGAUGUGGGGAUGCGCCUGUUGUCAUGACCACAGGCAGAAAUCACCCAGGUGGAUGUUGGAGUGUGUUAGCCGUGUAUUUGUUAAGGUUGUCGUGUCUCCCCAUGCAGCCCUGUGUGCGGUUUAAGGGGCGGUUGAAAUGAACAUUUCUGUCCUCAGAUUGUUCUGCUCUGUGCAGGGCAUUGCAGUCAUUGCCAUUAGCUCAUGUGUAAUCUGAUCUCACAGUUACCACUAGGUUCUCCUUGGACUUCUUCUUUUUCACUGACUAUCCCUCUGUAAUUAGAGUCGCAUGCUUACAGUUAAUGGAUGCAUUUAGACUCAUUCCUGUGCUGCCCAUGCCACAUUAGAAAUGACUGAUCCAUCCUUAAUGUCUCUCUUACACUACUUCUUAAUAUCUCAGCAGUUUGCAUGAAAACUGACUGCUGAAUGUCUUUGUUGGCUGCAUUAAAUUGUGCCAGCAGUAUAACCUUUUUGCUCAUAAAUAUCUGUCAUUGCUACAGGACUGCAUGCUCAGAAGCACAUAGGAACAUCAAAAAGAUCCGGCGAGCGGCUGCUGCGAGAGAGACAAGGCCUCCUUUCUUUGGCUGUUAUUAAGAAAUAUGGAGGCUUUCGACCAGCACUUAAGGAUAUUUAGUGCAGCAUUUCUCAGAAAGCUGGGAAGCCACCCAAAAGAUGUUCUCAGAAUGCACAAAUUGGCCUUAAUCGAACAUUGUCUUCACUCAGCUGGCUGUUCAAAAACACUUGUUUCUGCUGACGAUGUAAGGAAAAAAGUUUUAUUUUUAAGUAAGAGACUUUGAGAGGACAGAGGCCACCACUUAAAACAGAAGUAACUGCUGCUGUCAGGAAAAACCUCCAUGAGGGUAGUCCCCUGCUGCCGGCCAGGACAUGCUGUAUAAACCAAAGUUUCAGCACAGAAUGAUCACCCUUUAGGUCACACUAUCACAACUAUGAGGAAGAAUUGUGCACUAUAUAUCUAAGAGCAUAUGCUUUUUCCCUGUAAUUUAUGAGACGCUCAAGGGGCCUCAUCCAACUGAAAUUAACAUUCACACUCCAAGACGUUUGCUCGCUUCCUAGCCCUUUAGAUUCAAGAAUCGGCAGCCAGGCUUGUAAAGAUUAAUUCCAUCAGUUCAAAAUCAAGUCCCUGGUGCUCAUUAUCAUCUUGCACAGCCUCGUACUUCCCUUCUAUCUUGCACUCGAUCCUCUAUCUUUACGUCUUUUAGUUUUAUUACUGUGUCUUGGCAGUUGUAGAUGAAAUAUUCACCAGAAAAGCUGUUGUUUCCCGCAGGGUUUUGCCUUCUCGCUCUUUGCUCUCGUCGUCCUGCUUCUUACAGUCUUUCCCACUUCCCACAGCCAAGCCCCAGUACCCCCUCUGCAUCCCACUGAUAGUAUAAUUGAUGGAGCCCUUGCUAAAUUAUGCAUGAAUUGUAUGAUUUAGUUUUUUGUUGUUGUUAUUAUUGUCUUGUUGCUUUUCAUCAACCUUGUCUCCUGCCUCUAGUUACCUCUGUUUUCUGCUAAUGUUUUCUUAAAAAUUUUGGCUUUCAUCAAAUUUUCAUUUGAUGAGCAUCUAUUUUUAGCUGUUUUAUUUAUGUUCUCGCUUUCAUUUCCCCCUCAUCCAUCUUUUUUUCAAAUGAAUAAAAACCUCUGAGGGGAAGGAAGUUGCAGCCGAAUGAAAAUCCUGAAGAGGACGACUGCUGAGGAUGGAGAGACCAGAGGGAAGAGUGCCUCUCUGCUGCCCCCUGCUGACCAUGCAGAAUAUGUUUGCAGUGGUCCUGGCACUCGCUGCCGCUGCCUUGAGCUCAGCAGAUACGGACAUGCACCGAUCAAGACAUGACUCCAACCUGGAGAUAUACAAGCGACUGUUCGAGACCAAAAGGAAGGAUCAGUUGAACGCGCUUAAGAAUUUGGUUGAGCUGAACGACAUCAACCAGCAGUACAAGAUUAUAGACAUCAUGCUCAAAGGACUCUUCAAGGUGUUGGAGGACUCCAGACAAAUCCUGGUUGCAGCCAACAUGCAGCCUGAUGACCCCUUCCCCAUGGACGAUAAGAUCAAAGAAGCUUACUCCCAUGUGGUGGAGAACACAGCUUUUUUCGGCGAUGUAGCAUUGCGUUUUCCCCGCAUUGUCCACCACUACUAUGACCGGAACGCUGACUGGGGCGGUCUACUGCGCUGGGGUCUGAAUUUCUGUAACCAAACGGGUGUUUUCACAGGAGGAGCACACCAACACGUCCUCACAUUAAUGUCACAGGAACUGGGAAUAACAGAGAAAUCCCCAGACUUUAUAAACCCCUACCGCACAGAGAGAGACGAUGUGCUUCACACUGCAGAGGCUUUCCAAAAGAUCCUGAGGGAGGAGGAGAAGAGGAGGAGGAAGGAAGAGAAAAGGAAAGAAAUCCGGAAAGGCCCUCGUAUUUCCCGCUCCCGCACAGAGCUAUAGCGCUGCACCUUGAUGCUUACAGAGCGCAGAGAAGAAGAAACAGCAGGAGGCAGAGAAAGAGGAGCAUACGCACAGUCCACAAGAGCUGGCUUGACUUGUAGACUCUAAUGACAGUGGAGAAAAGAAGAGCUGUCAUCAACCUAUACAAAAGCCAGGUGCUCAGUUCAAAACGGGAGAGUAACUUUCAAUGUGACACAAAAUGAGUAGAGUGGAGGUUAGUCAUUUGGACAAAGGCCUGAGUUGCUGUCCUCCCACAGUGAUUUAUAAUUUGAAAAUCAACUCGAGGUAAAAGGCAUCUGCGGAGAAGGAGUUAAUGAGGGAAACUCUUUUUUGAUAAGGAUUACUUAAAGGUACUUUUGAACACAAAUCCUUUUAGUAUAAUAAAUUUGCUUCAAAACUUUGCAAAUCCCAAUGUAUUGUGUGUAGUCUAAAUUAAUGUCUGAAACUCAUUUGCUUUAAAUACCUGUUGUUGCCAAACAUAAGUUCAACGUCACUUCAUUAAAAGCGUAUUUGAAGUUCAGCUAAUGAUAUGGUGAUGAGAUAUAAUGUUUUAUUGUUUGUUUUUUGUUUUGUUAUUUUAGAUUCUUUUUGUUUUCCAAGAACUGGGAUUUCUUGGAUAUUUCUAAGCUGUGUGUGAAUAGGCAAAUAUAUGUUCUUAUUGCUGCUCAAGCUGAAAGGAUGCAUUUUACAUUUAAUUUUUUUUUUUUUGUUUUUUGAUUUUUAAAAAAAAAAAGUAUUUCUACUUUGUUAGUAUCACAGAUCUCUGAAUUUUCAUUUAACAUAUCUGACCUCUUUUUUUUUUAAAAUACACUCUCCCCUUUUGGUAUCUCACUUUAAUGACAAAUAGUUAAGAAUUAUUUUCGGUAAAACCUGUCAGCAAGAAACACAAUAUGUCCACUUUCACCCUUACACUUUAUUUUUGGUUUCGGUGAACAUUUUCUUUGCUGUAUAUUGACAUUUUACUGUUUUAGAUCUAUGGGGUUGAGAUUAAUGUAAUUUUGGAAUAGUAUUACGACUGUUAUAAAAUUAUAUGUAUAUUCAGAGAAAGAAUAUCUUUGCUGCAGAAUGAACAAGCCAUUUUGUUAUCAAAUUUAAUGAAAUAAAGUUACUCUCAUAGGUAAA